ACUGGCCCGCAGAUCGUGGACGGCGUGGUGCAGAGCAUCAAGCUCAUCACGGAGGAGGCCAGCAAGCGCAUCGCCGAGUUCGCCUUCGAGUACGCGCGCAACAACCACCGCAGCAACGUCACCGCCGUGCACAAGGCCAACAUCAUGCGAAUGUCGGAUGGGCUUUUUCUGCAGAAGUGCAGGGAGGUGGCAGAAAACUGUAAAGAUAUCAAAUUUAACGAGAUGUACCUCGACACCGUGUGUCUGAAUAUGGUCCAGGACCCGUCCCAGUUCGACGUCCUGGUCAUGCCGAACCUGUACGGGGACAUUCUCAGUGACCUGUGUGCGGGGCUGAUCGGGGGGCUCGGCGUGACGCCCAGCGGCAACAUCGGGGCCAACGGGGUGGCCAUCUUUGAGUCGGUUCACGGCACGGCCCCGGACAUCGCAGGCAAGGACAUGGCGAACCCCACGGCCCUGCUGCUCAGCGCCGUGAUGAUGCUGCGGCACAUGGGCCUGCCCGACCACGCCGCCAGGAUCGAGGCCGCCUGCUUCGACACCAUCAAGGCCGGUGUGUGCCAGCCCCGGCCCUGCCGCCCUGGGGCAGCCUGA